AUAACAGUUAAUCAAGGUACAGGGUUUACACGACUGCUGUGGACGUAGCAGCUCAGUGUGCAGACCCGCCACCUCACAACUUGUCGACUACCCGGCGGUCCCGUUACUGCAGGCAGAGUACAUGUUACUUUACCAGCGACACUUCUUAGUUUUACACAGAUCACUUGUUUUAGUAAGAUGGAUACGGUGUGCAUCAAAGAUAAAUUCGGCAACGUUCGGUGGUUUCUUGGGGAGGACAUACGGCUUCCACCCAUAAUAGAAAAUCAGAGUCUCGCGGACCGCUUGAGUUUCAUCAACAACUUUGACCUUAGACCUGACGACGUAAUUAUUGCCGGUUACAUGAGGUCAGGUAACAACUGGCUUCAUCAGAUGAUCUACAUGUUGCUGGAAGGAACGCUGGAUCCGCCUCCCUUGUUUGGAUCGGAUUCUAACGUGAACCUGGAGUUUGCCACAGACACUCGACAAGUCCUCCCACCUGUCAAACCUCGCGCUCUUUACACGCACCUUCUCUUCAAGGACCUGCCAAAGGUCGUCACUGAAAAAAAGGUCAAGGUGGUGCACAUCACGAGGAACCUCAAGGAUGUCUUUGUGUCUUUCUAUUGUCUUGCAGAAAAAUUUCCUUUGCGCCCGUAUUAUCCACCGUGGCCAGAGUUUUUGUCUACUAUGCUAGAUGAUGGCGUGUGGUAUGGAGACGUCUUUGAUCACGUGACAAGCUGGGAGAAGGCGAUCGACGAUCAUCCUGAGCAUCCAUUUUACUGUGUGACGUACGAGGAGUUGACACAAGUAAGAUCAUCAGUGUCGUUACUCCUCGUAUCCAGCGACGUCACAAAUGGUGUUGAUCAACUGGAAAAUAUUGACCAGUUUCUGGAGACAAACAGAGGAAGACCUUUCUGCCAGACGGUGGUUGAGAAAUGUCACAUCAACAACAUGGCCAAUCUGCGAUUGGCACGAGAUACUGAAUCUGAUUGGACCAUGAUUUUUCGGAAAGGAGUUGUAGGAGACUGGAAGAACUGGUUCACUGUGGCGCAGAACGAGGAGUUCGAGGAGGUCACUUUUGCUUCAGACUCAUUAAUAAAAGUCUGUAAAUCCCUGCCACAUACUGAUGAUCUCAGUCUACUUUAUUACAAUGAGCAUUCAAGACAGUGAUGCUCUCUCUCUCUCUCUCUGAAUGAAAAAUAAAAAGUGUACAGACCUGCCGAGAGCUCAGACACUUAUCAAUCGAUAAAUAUUGUCUUCAAAAAGUAAUAAUAAAGCUACGUAAUCGAUGUCUAUAAAGUCAGCCGGUCUGAAGACUCCUAUAAGUGUACAGGCUACAUACUUCGUAAAGCCUCUAUGUUUGAUAUUGAAAAUCAGUGAUGUAUGCUACUUCAAGACCAGACGUGGUGUAAAACUAUAUUCUACCUACUAAAGAUGUACACGUCUAUGCUAAGACAAAGGUAUUGAUAUCAAAUU